CCUGCCUGUUUGGUUCAGUUUUCCGAGGAACGCUCAUGGAAUCAAAGCCAGCCAAGGCGAAGAACGGGUAAACUUAAGUACGCCGUGACAUCAAAGCUCCGUGACUUGGCGACGCCGUGGACUUCUGCUUAGUUAUUUACUCUUUAGUUGAUAGGAAGUCGAUUAGAUGUGUUUGACCGACAGCUGAGCGUUAGUAUCCCACUCAGGUGGACAAGACAACAUGUCGUCGCAUACUGUGGCCGUAAAGCACGGCAGGAAUGAGGUCGUAGUCUGACUGGGUUUAUUGACUUUCGGUUCCAUACCUCUCGGUACCUUGGCUGUGACACUGCAACGCCAUGCUCUUUAAUACCUCCUUUAACGGCUUGGUGGAGUUCGAAAACUGCACGAACGACACGGGACAGGAGACGGCCACCGCGUCCGCCACCAGCUGUUUCUACUUCACUAACUUUGUCAACAAUUCUUCAGGUAAAAUUUCUGUGAACGGCACCGGUGACGUGGCCAUUCCGCUGUAUAUAUUUAUCUGGGUUUCGAUCCUCUUCGGAGUGAUCUUUUUGGCGGGCGUACUCGGGAACAUCUUUAUAAUAGCGGUUAUAUCUCAGGACAAAAAUAUGAGAAAGAGCACAGACUUGUUUAUACUGAACCUCAGCGUCUCGGAUCUCCUAGUCAUGCUGGUCUGUAUGCCGACGGCAUUGGUGGAGUUUUACGCAUACGAGGCAUGGUAUUUUGGAGACAUUAUGUGUAAAUUUGUUCCUUUUCUGGAAAACAUGACAGUCCAUGCGUCCGUGUUGUCUAUCGUAUUCAUCAGCAUCGAGAGAUAUAUCGCCAUCUGCCGGCCUUUAAGCGCAAAAUCAAAACGCUCCUCCAAAACCACGGUCAAGCUCCUCUUGGUAAUAUGGGCUGUAGCGGCGGCUUCCACUUCCCCUUUUCUAUGGAUUGCUCACCAGGAAAGUACAAGAUAUUUUAAUGGCGAGUCUGUCAUUGUUUGCACAACUUCUAUUGAUAUACAGUGGAAGGAGUAUUACGUUUUGGCAUUAACCGCCAUAUUCUUCGCCAUUCCAGUUCUUCUUCUUCUCAUCAUCUACGCCCGAAUUUGCAGGGUGCUCAUAGUGGAGGGGCGUGGUCUGUCGGGCCAAAGUGAACAAAAGAAAACGCGAAAAUUGAUGAAACACAUGAUUCAGCGCCGACAGACCACCUACAUGCUUAUGGCUGUAGUGUUAACGUUUUUUGUGUGCAUGUUGCCUUUUAGAGUGUUCACGUUUUGGAUCCUAUAUGGCAGUGCUGAGUCUAAGAGAAGAAUUUCUCAAGAAGGAAUGCUCAACCUAGCAAACGGCAUACGCGUGUUGCUCUAUUUAAACAAUGCCCUCAACCCCGUUCUCUACAACGUGUUCUCCACCAAGUUCAAAGAAGCUUUUGGCAAGUGCUGCAGGACUUGCCGCAGCGCCACACACAAACUCCCCCGUCGGGAAUCCGGCAGUACCUCGCUCUCGACCACAGUGGGUAACCGGGACAGGGUGUCGCCAACAGCAAUAACGGACGCGUCGGGUACAUCUCGAAAGACAGGUAAGGAGAAUUGGAUUUGUGUGUACCGCGCGUAUCCAAAUACCAGUAAUUACACACUGAUGGGCUCCAGUAGCCCGGAUGUUAUGCGCGAGCACAGGGGACACAGCCCGACUCCCAUUGCAUCUAAUUCCAAUGGGACGGCCGUGUUGGUACGUUCUGAGUUGCAAAGAUCGAAGCACUUUGAACAUUCAGCUCCCUCUUCGUUGAGCAGCUGCGAGACAGCCCUCCCUAACACGACUCGGACACACCAACACUGUGACUGUCUGCCUCACCGGGCAACCAACUGGAAACGACGCGGUCUUCAGGGGGACCUGCGACACUCACUUAUUUCUGAGGAACUGUACUUCCCAGGCUCACGGUGCGCGCGAGGAGAACAUGGCCGACAAAACCUUGAACAGGAAGAGAUUUGUCUGUCUAAUAUUUUCGUGAGGGACAAUCCAGGACGGUCCGACUUACGGGGUUCACAGAUAAGCGAAUAUGAGGAAUUCUGCCUUCCGAGCCCUAUGUGUAAUGGAGCAGCGCCGCUGCUGCCAUCUGACGGAAAAUGCUCAAGAAGGGACUUUAACAAAAUGGGUUCAGUUGACGAUGCCGGCGUAGUGCAUUUGCUUUGGAAUGAUUAA